AGCUUUCCCAGUUACCGAUUUGACAUAUUGGUAUGAAGAUUUGUGAAAGAUUCGUUUGUAUCAAUUUUCAUAUGAACGAAAUUUGGAAAUUUUUAACCAUGUUACUUGAAAUUAUGAUUCUUUAAAACAAAUUAAAAUUAUACUUAUUUUAACUGACAUUUAAGAAAGAAUAAAUGAUAAAAUAUUCGAUUGAUUACACUCUCCUGUAAACUAAAGGACAUAAAUCAGAAAAAAUAUAUUAAGUUAUUGAAAUAACUUAAAUUUGACAUACACCAAGUGCGAUUGAAUUGUGAAUUCGUAAUAUCACUGUCAAUAAAAGUAUUUAAAAAUGAAUAACACGAAAAAGAUUAAUGUAAAUUUUUCAUCGCUUGUUGGUUUAAAAGCAGAGCUUUUGAAAAAGCAACAUGAAGUAAAUGAAGCAAAAUUGAAAUCAGAAAUAAAUCAUACAACACCAAAGCUACAAAGGAAAAAGCCCAAGAAAGUUGAAGAGGAAUCUAAAAAGGAAAAUUCAAAAAUACCACAGUAUAUUGAGGAUGUUAAUAUGCAUAAAAAGUCAAAAUUGAUGCUGGAGGCAAAAGCAAGAUUAUAUGAACGAUUAAAAAAAUCCAGAACCAUUAAUGAGAAUUUUCUUGUUGAUUUUACAAAUAAAUCAGAUGAAUCUGAAGAGGAACCACUACCAAAAGAUGAAACUGAUGCAGUAUUAGAAAAUGAGGAUGACUGGGUCGAAUAUGAAGAUUGUUUUGGUCGUACGAGAAAAUGUUUACGGGAAGAUCUGCCCUUGAUGCAAGAAAAGGAUCAAUUGAUCAAACAACAAAUUAUAAAUAAAAAAGGAAUUGAUCCAAAAACGAAUGAUGCUGUUGAUCAAAAUUAUAUGGAGGAAGAGAAAGAACCUGAAAUAGAAAUCAUGAGGAGAAAGUGGGAGGAACAAACACAGAAACUAGCUGAUAAAGUGAAUAUACAUUAUCAGGAUAUUUUAUUUGAUGAAGCUAGAACCCAUGGUGUUGGUUACUAUGCAUUUUCACAAGAUGAGGAAGAAAGAGUCAAGCAACAGGAGAAUUUGUUUAAUUUAAGAAAGGAAACAGAGAGGAAACAGAGGGAGAUAAAUGAAUUAAAAGAAUUGAGACAGAAAAUGGAACAUAAUAGAUUGAAAGCAGCUAAAAUUAGACAGCGUAUUAGAGCAGGAUUACCUAUAGAUAUGAUAGAGGAAGAAUUUAGAGAAAAGAAUGACAGUGAAUAUAGUCAAAAUGCAUCAGAAAAUAUGCAUGAUACAGAAAAAACUCUAAUCAAAGUUAAAGAAACUAAGAGAGAAAAUAAUGAUAACCAAACUAUAGAAAAAAAUAAAGCAUUAGAAAAAGAAAAUAAAAUAAAAGCUUUAGGAGAACUUCUAGGCAAAAGAAAAUAUUGGUUUGAAAUGUCUCAGGAAGAGUGGGUACAGAAAUGUAGGAAAAUGAGAGUUACUGAGUUUGGACCAGUAUAUGAAAAUUUCAAAAGUGCUGGCUAUUUAAAUUCUGAAAAUGCUGAUAUACCCUUGAGUAUUCAUAAUGAUAUCAAGUCUCAUCCAUAUCAACAGGAUGGUACAGAAAAUGAAAUAGAUAUACAUUCUUAUGAUAUACCACUUCCUCCUGGCUCAAGUACACCCACAAAUUCUAAUACUGGAUAUAACAAUGUGAUUGAAACAAUAAAUCAAAGUAAUUCUACUUCAUCAAUUGAUCCUGGACUAUACAAAUCCAGUAAUAUUGUACAAAAUCAGAUGAAGCAAAACAGAAGUAUAGAUGAAGCAAGUAUAACAGCUGGUCUCAAGUAUUUAAGAGAAAAAUUUGAGAAAAAUCAAAACACUUGAAGCACUACAAAUCUAUUCAUUUCGUUUUACUGUAUAUAUUUGUAGAUAUAAUAUAUCAUAUAUGCACAUGUAUGAUCCAGUACCCUAUUCAUAAUUAUAAAAAAUUUAUGGAUGAAAUAAAUUAAUGUUUUGUAUUUUAA